CGUAAGUAGGUGAAAGGGUUCGUUCGGUUCUGUCUCGUCGUUACGUAAUCGAACCCGUUACAAUAGAAACACCGGACCACGACGUUCGCGCGUGAACGUCACGGGCACGUUCGAUCGGUAUUGGUUGUUUGGCCGGUGUCCGUGGCCGUAAGUCUGAGACUCGUCGGCCGUGCGUGGCUAAUUUCGCGCGCUCUGCUCGCAGUAUCGUUCGCCCGCGUUCGAUAGGCGACCAGGUGAAUUCGCUCGAUGUCCUGCCUGACCGCGAACGCCGCGGUCGCGUCGAGGCGGCAUCGUGCGGAGAGGAAUACGUCAGCGUCGUUAUGGUAUCGCUCACGUGAACGGCGGACAGCGACAGCCGACAGACGCGAGUGCCGUAGGUGCUCGUCAAGUUUGACAGGAAUCGCGAAGGCAGGAACAAAGCCACGAUGCGAAAAGCGAAGAAACGAUCGCGUAUCGUCGAGUGGCUUUGCGGACGGCCCGGGCUGGUGUUGUUGUUGUUGCCGGCCGGUCUCCUGGCGAGCCUCUACGUCGCUUCGACGGACGACGGUUACGGGUUCGAGCCACGGUAUCACUCUAUGUAUAGGACGUACAACGUUAACGAGGAAACGGUGGACGGGUACCUGGUGUGGAAUCCGAAAUGUCAGAUGCUUGCGAUGGAGCCGCUGGACCCAGCGAUUCGUUCCUUCGUGAAGAAGGAGAAAUUCGAGAACUGCUCGAACGACAUCAACCUGACGAGUCUAAUUCGGGAGGAGAACGGCAGCGUGGUGCUGUUCAUCGACCCGGCGGCCACGACCCUUCAUCCGGGUCUGGAGUGUUGCUGGUCGGCCAUCCUUCGACCAGAGAAGCGGGCAAUGGGGAAGUCCGGUAAAGAUAAAAACGACUUGGAAUCGACGAUCAUAGUGAAACCGUGCGAGAAGUUCGAUAGCCAAAAGAUCUUGCCCGUGAAUAUCGAAGCGGCGAUCGUAAACUGCAGCCUGAAGUCCAAGAAUCGAGGGUCAGCCAGUGGCAAACCGUUCUAUCAGAACGUCCAUGCGGUCAUGGGCGUCGAAAAGGUUCGUGAUCGUUUGCGCCGCAACGGGAACCAAUCGACGGCGACCGGCGAGCUCUCGAGGAAGCUCAGCGUUCUCGUGAUGGGUAUCGAUAGCGUCAGUAGGCUAAAUUUCCUGCGCAGCGCGCCAUCCGUUGAUAAGUAUCUGCGUGAGACCGGUUGGGUUCACUUGGACGGAUACAACAAGAUGGCGGACAACACCUUUCCGAAUUUGAUGGCGAUCUUGACUGGUCAGAAUCAAAGCCUGGCCUACGAAAAGUGCAAGCCUACCGUUCCUUAUAAGCUCGACCAAUGCCCCUUUCUUUGGCAAAACUUUCGCAACGCCGGCUACGUGACUGCCUACGGUGAGGAUGAGACCGGUCUGAGCACCUUCAAUUAUCUCAAAGUAGGCUUCGUCGAUCCACCAACCGACUUCUACCUCCGACCGUACAUUCUCGCCUGCGAGAAGCUCCUCAAGGUGAAGAAAAGAUUCGGUCUAAAGUAUUGCUCCGGGCCCGAGACCAAUUUCGACAGGAUCCUCGACUACGCGUUGGAUUUCGCGCGCACCUUUCUCGGUCUGCCUUAUUUCGGCUUUUUCUGGACGACCAGCGUCAGCCACGAAAACGCGAACGGGCUGUCGUCGAUGGAAGGUCGUCUGCUUAACAAGCUCAAGUACCUGGAACGCGAGGGUGUGUUAAACGACACGAUGGUUGUCUUCCUAAGCGAUCACGGGAUGCGCUGGGGUCCGAUCAGGAACACGUUCGUAGGUUGGUACGAGGAAAGACUGCCUUUCAUUUAUAUUUGGAUACCGCAAUGGUUCCGCGCGGAGCGUCCCGACGCGUACUCGUCGUUGCGCGCGAACCAGCACCGCCUGACCUCGCCCUUCGACCUUUACGAAACGCUACGCGACGUGGUGAGUCUAUCCGGGGGCAAGGCGAACCAAUCCCCGUCGUGUCCAACUUGUCACAACCUUUUGGGAGCGAGGCCAGUGCCUUUUCAAAGAGGCUGCUCGGACGCGGGGAUCUCCUCCCACUGGUGCGCCUGCACGCCGUUCAAACCUGCCGACCCCCACGAUCCGGUCGUCGAAAACGGGGCCCAAGCCUUCCUGAAACACGUGGACGGCCACGUGGCCGCGUACAGGGACAAGAAGGGCCGCCGUCUGUGCGCGAAGUUACGCCUCAAGAAGCUCCAUCACGUGGACCGAGCGAUCGACGUUACCAAUUCUACCGAGCUAGUCUUCUUUUAUAUGAUACAAGUCACGCCGGGCGACGCGAAGUUCGAGGUGACCGUCAGGUACCACGAGAACGACACUUACACGGUGUCCGAUCACGAAGUGAGCAGAAUCAACCCUUACGCAUCGGGCGCCAAGUGUCUCGAUCGAGGGAUGAAACAGUAUUGCCAUUGCGUAAGAUAGGACAUAUGUCCGGCCUAUGAGUGGCCUGUCUAAUCGAAAUACAACGUUCCCCUUUAACUGAAGCGACGGUCAACUCUAUUAUCCGGUCAGGGUAUUGACUCCGAGAGACUGUUAAUUGAUCGGGGGAUAUAUUGACUCUGCAGCUGUGCUACUUGUCCUUUCUGCCAUGUUGGUUGCUGAACACGUUCACUGUGGUGCGGGACACAUCAACGGAAGUUGAGAAAAAUGCCUAUUAGUUUUCUUUUUCGCUUAAUGUUAUAAGUUUGUUCCGAAGACAACGGAUGACGAGAUUAGCACCAUCUGAGAUUUCUGUUACUACACUUGGUUGAGAUAAUUCUGUUUAUAGUGCCAUAAAUACUACAGUAAUACGGGUAGAAUAAUUUUGGCUGGGUGUACCUCAGAGAUUACGACUGAAGAGUCUAUAUUCUCAUUUCCGUUGUCAGAUAAUAAAGAUUACGUUAAUUAACGAUACGGGAUAUGAAAGUUAUCACAGUGAACGUAUUAAGACAGUGUUUGAUUUGUUAGGCAACAAGACGUGCCAUUUCCAAGAAUGUGUAUUUUUUAAAUCAUCACAAGAUUUUAUAAUUUUCCAUCAUUAUGUAUUAACGUUUAAACAAUGAAUACGUAUAACUAUCGUUUACUAAAAAUUAUUAUUUUAGGAGGCCCCGAAUUUGUAGUAAUAAGGAAACAAUUUUUGUGGUUUGUGCGAAUGGUGCUAUGAUUAGUAUUAAAUUUAUUUAGAAAGAAAGA